GGCAGAACUGUUGGGUUGUCCAACAGACACAACAGGAUCCAUGUUGAUUUGUCUGAAAUCGAAACCCAUCGAACAAUUUACUGAAACUAUGCCACAAUUUUUCGAAUGGUAUUGGAAUCCGAUGUCGAUAUGGUCAGUAGUCGUGGAGCCAGAAAUACAGGGUGUUGAAAGAUUUUUAACUGCUCAACCUAUCGAUUUGAUUAGAGAAGGCAAGAUCCACGAAGUUCCUCUCAUUAUUGGUACUACCAAAGACGAAUUUGGUGGACUGGUCACCGCUAUCGAACGAUUAGUCAAAGCAGGAAAUACUUCGAUAUUCGAUGAUCUAAAUACAAAAUGGGAUACUUUUGCGCCCAUCAGUUUUAUGUACGAAAGAGAUACACCUCGUUCGAAACAUAUCAGUCAAGAAUUGCAUCAAUUCUAUUUCGGAAAUCAACCGAUCAGUCGAGAAUCAUACGAUGGAAUAGGUCAAAUUUACAGCGAUAGCAUUAUCGUAUUCCCAGUACGUCGUGCCGCUCAGCUGAUUGCUGAUAAUAGUAAACUUCCAGUCUAUUUCUACAGAUUUUCGUAUGACGGACGUUUCAGUUUCUCUGUAUGGAACGAAACUACUCCAUACGGAACACCUGUACACCACGAUGAUCUGCAAUAUCUAUUUUAUAUGAGUGCCGCUUUUCCUUAUUUCAACGCAUCCGACCCGGAAAUUCAAAUGGUCGAACGUUACACUGCAAUGUGGGCAAAUUUCGUACAAACCGGUGAACCCAUUCCAAACAAUGAUGAGAUGUUUAGCAACAUUAAGUGGGAGAGAUUCACAAAGGAAAACGAUAAAUAUUUAAACAUCGAUUUACAUCCUACCAUGAAGCAGGGUAUCUUUCCCGAAAGAAUGGCUUUAUGGGAACGACUGUUCCCUUUGCCACCACCGUCUCACUCCAUUGAUUAUCAAAAAAAUAUAAAAUCUUGAUAAUAAUGCCAUAAUGUAAAUAACGAAUUGCAUUUCACAUAUGUAUAUAUAUAUAUAUAUAUAUAUCUUUUCUAAAGUAGAGAGAAAUAAAAUAUACAUAUAUUAAGAUGCUACACAUAUUAAGAAGCAAUAUAUCUUUCAUCUUUAAAUGUGCAUCAUAUUAUAUAAAAACG